AUGGGACGGGGGGCGCUCGCGGAGACCGAGGCCGAUGACGCCUUCUCACCCGUCAGGGGCGUCGUGACCUGUCUGGGACCGCACCCGAGCGCGAAUGUCCGGCGCCAACUUCGCGAGCGCUGCCUGGCUCUCGCCGGGCAUCGGGCCAACGAGGAGCAGGUCCGUUUCAGUUGCGCCCCCUAUCGCGUCUGCCCGCUCGGUGCCCACAUCGACCACCAGGGCGGUACCGUCGCGGGUUUCGCGCUGAACAUGGGGAUCUGCAUCGCGUACAUCCCCAGCCCCGGGGAGAUCAAGCUGGCCGCGACGCGCGAGGGCGAGGGCGAGCCCUCGACGUUCGAGAUGAACGUCACUGAUGACCCGGAGCCGUCGGACGACUGGACGGCGUUCGUUAAAGGGGUUGUGCACGUCGUAAGGGGUUGGGCUAGCGAGAAGGGCGUGAGAUGCGACGCGGGAUUCACCGGCGUGAUCUCGGGCUGCCCCGGUGGGCUCGAGGGAGGCGGGAUCAGCUCAUCCGCCGCGCUCACCGUGGCGCUGAUUCACGCCUUUCGGGACGCGAACAAUCUCACCUCGUGUAUUCGGCGCGAGGACGUCAUGAGACUCGCUCAACGGGUGGAGCACGAGUGGCGCGGGGUGCGGUGCGGGAUACUGGACCAGGGGUGCGUGGUCAUGUCCAAGCCCGGGGCGCUGACGGUGCUGGACUGCGCCGAGUAUCAGCGCCGGUUCGCGAAAGCCGACGACCUUACGACGGCGUCGACGGGCUCCGACCUACCCUUCGCCGUCGUCCUCGCGUUUUCGGGCAUUCGAAAACCGCUCACUCGAACCGGGUACAACGACAGGGUGGACGAGUGCCAACGCGCCGCGCGCCUGUUGCUGGACGCGAGCGGGCGCGGGGAAAACCAACGCGUCGCGAACGGCGUUCGGGCGUGGCGCGACGGGGACGUCGCGUCGUUCGGCGCCCUCGUGAACGCUUCGGGCGCGUCGUCCGUCGAGAACUACGAGUGCGGGUGCGAGCAGAUCACCGCGCUGUGGAAGAUUGCGAAGAAGACGGCUGGCGUUUUCGGUGCCAGAUUUUCCGGCGCCGGCUUCAGGGGUUGCGUCGUGGCUCUGUGCGAGCCGGGUGGGGCGGCGAUGGACGCGGCGGAGUCGAUCGCGGGGGAGUACGCGCGACUGUACCCGGAACUGGCGGCGGACGCGCCGGUGAUUGUGACGCGACCGGGACGGGGUGCGUUUAUCCUGAGGAACGAGGACCAGUAG